UCGAAACAAAAUCAAAGGCGGUUCCUUCACCUUGGUAACUGUUGCUUUGCGCGUUAAAACUGUGGAGAGCGCCACAAAACACAGAUACACAGAGAGAAAGAUAAGACCUAAAAAGGGUUUCCGGGAAGGCAGAGAGAGAGAGAGAAGAUACAUUGCUUCCCGCGUUUUCCAUGCCUAUUUCACUCAUUUCUCUCAUGCGUGCAAGUUAUUCCUAAAAUCUAAAAUCUAAAAUCUAAAACCCAACCCAUCUUAUUUUCUUGGCCAUUAAAACUUUUAAUUCUCUUUAAACUUUUCUUCAUUCCUCAUUCACAUUUCACCGCAUCUCUCUCUCUCUCUCUCUCUCUCUCUCCUUGAUUUUCUUUAGUUCCUUUAUUUAAUCAAAACCCAUCAUCUAUUUUAGCGAUUUUGUUUGUUUCUCUUCUCUAUUUGCUCUCAAAGGUUCGAACUUUCUCCUUAUCUUGUUCUGGUGUUCUUGUUCAUUCUGGCCAGCUAGGUCGGUUUGGAAAAAGCUUAGCAAUAAAGUUUGGUGCUUUCCAUGCUUUUACAUCAUGAUUUGUGAUGGUGAAGUCUUAGAAGUUGAUUUUCUUGUAUAAAAGUUGGAAUUCAUUGGUUUUGGUUCAAAUCUGCAACUUCAUUAAUUAGUUUGGCAGCAAAUCUGGGAUUGAAGAUUCCAUUUGGGGUGCAAUUAAUGGUCUUUGUUUGGAAAUUAGCACCUGCUUGACAAAAAGCCCAUUUCUUGUCUUCGAGUAUCAUAAUUACAAGGGAAAGCAAUUUGGCCAAGCUCUGAACUUUGAUUUGUGGGUUUUUCUGUUUUCUCGUGUUUAGAUCUGAAUUGAAGCUAUGGGAAGCCAUAUGAGCAAGAAGAGCUCUGAAACAUCAUCCUCUGCUAUCAAUCUCAACACCAAUUUGCAAUACACAACUGAUCAAUUAAGCUCAUAUGAGGCAGCUUGCAAGGUUGAUGCAGAAUUGCAAUCCUUUGAUACCAAUCUCCAAACCAGAACCAAUCAAGUCAUCAACACAAUUGCAGCAGGAGUUGAAGUUCGAGCUCUCUCAUUUGAUUCAUUGAAGGAAAUCACAGAAUGCCUGUUGGAGAUGAACCAGGAGGUUGUGAAAGUUAUCUUGGAGUGCAAGAAAGAUAUAUGGAAAAAUCAAGAAUUGUUUGAGCUUGUAGAGGAGUACUUUGAAAACAGCUUGCAGACUUUAGAUUUCUGUACUGCAUUGGAGAAGUGUUUGAAGCGAGCUCGUGAUAGCCAAUUGCUCAUUCUUGUUGCUCUUCAACAGUUUGAGGAGGAAACCGAAAUGGGAGGCAGUCGAUACACGAGGACUUUGGACGAAUUGAAGAAUUUCAAGGCUAUAGGUGACCCUUUUACUGAAGAGUUCUUCCAAAUUUUUCAAUCUGUUUACAGGCAACAAAUACAAAUGCUUGAGAAGUUGCAACUAAGAAAGAACAAGCUCGAUAAGAAGCUCAAAUACAUCCACGCCUGGAGGAAGGUUUCGAGUAUUAUAUUUGUUGCUACAUUUGCUGCUGUGUUGAUUUGUUCUGUUGUGGCAGCAGCCAUGGCUGCUCCACCUGUUGCAGCAGCUCUGGCUGCUGCUAGUUCUAUCCCUGUAGGCUCAAUGGGGAAGUGGAUUGACUCUUUGUGGAAAAACUAUGAAAAUGCUUUGAGGGGUCAAAAGGAAGUAAUUAGCUCAAUGCAAGUAGGAACUUAUGUUGCCAUAAAGGACUUGGACAACAUUCGGGUUCUUAUCGAUCGAUUGGAAGUUGAAAUUGAGUCCCUCUUGCAUGAUGCAAGCUUUGCCAUUCAGGAGGAAGCAGUUACAGUUGCAAUUGAGGAGAUUAAAAAGAAGUUGGGAGUGUUUAUGAAGAAUGUAGAGGAUUUGGGAACUCAAGCUGAUACCUGCAGCCGUGACAUUCGAAGAGCAAGGACUGUGGUUCUGCAGAGGAUCAUUAAAAAUUCCAACAACUAAAAGUCCGAUGAUCCUCAAUAUUUAACCUGUUGCUGUUUUGAUGCUUGAAGACAUUUGAAUUUGUGUAACUCUCUGUUUUUUUUUAAUUAUCAUAUUUUUUUCAUUCUUAGAUUGUACCUUGGAAUCCCAGA